CUCCCUCUCCUUCUUUCUUCUCCUCCUCGUCACCACAACCUGUUUCAUUGAUACCUAUUCUAAUUCUUAUCAUUUUGCAGUCAAUGGCUCCCACCAUCCCCUCCGCCAAGCUAACCCUGUCAUGCCCUCUAUUUGCUGCCGACUUCGACCCGCGCAACCCGGGCCUCCUGCUAGUCGCCGGUGGUGGAGGUGAAGGCCGCAGUGGUGUCGGAAACAAGAUCGCCCUCCUUAACACCGCCAAACGGCACGAGAUCUCCGAGGUCGUCGACAUUCAUUUAUCGCGCGAUGAGGACUCUGUCACCUCCCUGGCCUCUGCCCAGACCACGGAUGACUCCAUAGUCGCCCUGGCUGGCAUCAACAGCUCCGUGGCGGAGCAGAAGCGCGACAACAACCAACAUCUGCGGUCCUUUCGCAUCGAUUAUCCUCCUCGAAAAUCCAUCGCCGCAUCCGCCGCAGAGCAAGGAGGAGAAGAAAAACAAGAGGAAGAGACGAAGAAGAAGAACAAGAAGAGCCCUUCGUCUGUCUCACUGUCUGCCGGCAAAACCACGCCGUUGUCGCGUGCGUCUCUCUUUCGAACACUCGAGGGCACCAAGUCCUCCGACACUUACCAGCGCAUCCUACGCCUGUCCCCAUGGAAAGCAGACACGGGCUUUUCUCGAGUUGCAGCCAUUACAACUGGUCUCGCUCCCGCAGGUGAGAUCGUCUUCUUCGGCGUCACCACCACUCCCAGUGCAUCCGACGUUAUCGGGCGAAUCCGUCUGAACAGCGAUGAGGAGGCUGAAGAUGUCGACAUCACCGACCUGCCCGAGCAGGGCAAGUUUCGCGUCGCCUACACCAAUGGCGUCGAUGUCUUUGUCUGCGAGAUCUCAUCUGAUACCCGGUCCAAUGCCUCGCCCGACGUACAAUGCGUCUACACCACGCCCUUACCCGAUAAAGGGUCCCGAGCCCGGCCCAAAUUCCGGGCGCUACGUUUCCUCUCCCCGACAGUCCUGCUGCUUCUUCAGAACGCCCCAGGCCGCACAGGCUGCGAGCUCGUGCUUCUUGGUCUACACCCCUCGACAGGCUCCGAGAAGAGCACCACGACAGGAAAGGCUUCAAUCAUCCGCCGCAAGAAGCUCCGCACCACUAUGAAAAUUGGUCUAGGCUUGGACAUCUGCAACUUGGGCCCCGGUUCCGACUCAGACAACCAACAACAGCAGGCUGCCAUCGCCAUCUCCGGCAGCGACCAGUCCAUCGAGAUCCUGAUGUUAGAGUUCAAUCCUAACGCCAGCCGGAACGGCUGCGGCCCUCUAAGGCGCUUCACCACUCUGCGCGACGUGCACCCCUUCGCCAUGACCAAGCUCUGCUUCUCCUCCUUCCACCCGCCAUCCCACCCCGUCGCUCCUGAAACGCCCCCGCAAUACAUCAAACUUGCCUCCGUCAGCAUGGGCAACACUGUCGUCGUGCAUACUCUCCCCCUCUCACCCUGUCCACCCGCCAGCCGCUAUCCACGCUACGUCCUCUCCAUGCCCGGCGAAUCGGAAACCUGGACCAACCUCACCAGCAGCGUCGCCGCCAUCUUCUCCAUCCUCACCGUCUGCAUCGUUCUUCAGGCCUUCACUGAAAUUCGCGGCGCCACGCCCCCCUACCUCGGCGCCACGGACUGGCUACCCCCCAACAUUCGCGAUGCUAUUGCCCGCCCAUACUAUGCUCCGCUGCCUGUCCUCUCACCCCACUUAUCACCGAACCCCAAAGCGGAUCCGCCCCGAGGCUGGGCCCAGUCCCUGCGCGAUCAAGUCACGUCGGAUCAUACUAUCCUCAUCCAUUGCAACCCAGACACGAACACCCUCCUAGUCGACUCAGCUGACCAGGCUACACUACAGGGGCAGAUUGAGCCUGGCCCUAGACGCUGGGAAGAGCUCUCGGAAGAGAAUCGCUUCGAGUGGAUCCAGCAGCUUACACAUGCCGGCUACGAGCCACUCGAGCCCGACUCCGACCCAGAGUCAAUCUUGGAUGGCGUUUUGCUCGGUGAGAUGUGCCAUCAGUUGCCCAUUGAGGAGAUCCCCUGAUUUCACAUGCAUAUACCCUUCCCCUCCUCUUCCCCCUCAUCCUAGAUGGUAUGAGUUCGUUACUUGUAUGUUACGUGUGUAUGCAAUCGGGGUUCAUGAUGCCCGGACGGGGAAUGAGUUGGUUCUCAUGCUUGUUUUGUCACGUGUUGGGAUGGUUGGUUAUGUCUUCCUCACGCUACACUGCACUGCACUUGGUGACUUGGGAUGCAAUCUCAGGCGUACGGGUCAUACCGUAUCACAACUUUCUAUAUACCUACGAUUAUAUGCUGCUAUGCACCGGUUCACAUUCAAAUGUACUAUUAUCCCCAACCUUUGGCUGGC